GAAGAGGCUCCCACACUGCUCCAACACUGCUCCAGGGCCAGGGGCAACGUGUUCAGCGCUGCCAGAGGUGAGAUUAACUGCUUGCAGUGUCAUCCAUCAGUGCCCAGUAGUGUCGCCUGUCAGUGCCCAGCAGUGUCGCCCAUCAGUGCUGCCCAUCAGUGCCACCCAUCAAUGAUGCCCAGCAGUGCCAUCCAUCAGUACCCAGCAGUGUCGCCUGUCAGUGCUGCCCAGCAGUGCCACCUGUCAGUGCUGCCCAGCAGUGCCACAUGUCAGUGCCCAGCAGUAUCGCCCAUCAGUGCUGCCCAUCAGUGCCACCCAUCA